UGUUCAUAUCUAUAAGAUUCGGACACGCGACAACACGAUAAUUUUGCUCGCUAUUCAACUGCUAGAAUUAAAAAAAGUUUUUUAUUAUUUUCCAUUGUUUGUUUUAAAUUUUACGAGCAUCUUGAAGAAUUGACAAGUUUCUUCUAGUUUUUAUUAAACAGUGAAUUUUUUUUAUUUUUUUUUUAAGAAACAAACUGUGAUAUUAAAUUUAAUUAAAAAUGUCACCAAACACGAGCGCAGGAAAGAUUGUUAAUCCCAAUGAGUAUCUUAAUAUACCAAAAUGGAUAAAUGAGGAUUAUUUUGUGCCUAUCUUGGAGAAAGAUGUAACCGAUUUUAAAUGCAUUACAAAGUUCACACCUAUUGCUGCUACAGCACCGGGCGAAAAUUAUACAUCGAUAAUGGUUCGUGUUAUAAUUGAUGUAGAAUUAAAAGAUGGCAGUUCUCAAGAAGUUUCAUAUAUUUUAAAAACUGUUUUGGAUGCUAGUAGUAGUGGUGCAGCUUUUGUAGCAGCCGCAAAUCUCUUUCCCAAAGAGAAACAAAUGUAUGCCAAUUAUAUACCCAAAUUUGAAGAACUCUAUAAACAAGCAGGUAUGCAAGUUAAACUGGGACCGAAGUGUAUACAUUUUGAUGAAACACCUGAAAAGAUAACUCUAGUAAUGGAGGACUUAAAACGUAAAGAUUUCGGUAAUAUUGAUCGUUUAAAAGGUUUCGAUAUGGAUCAUAUGAAAAUUGUUCUACAUAAAUUGGCUGAAUUUCAUGCAGCUUCGGCUGUUUAUGAGGAAUUAAAUGGACCUUAUGAAACCAUAUACAACGCUAGUUUCUUUACCGAAGCAAAUCGUCCCAUGUUUGCUGAAUUAUAUAAACCACGUUCCGAAUUGUUCAAGAAAGCUUUACUAGAAUGGGGUUUGGAAAAUGUAGAAAGAUAUAUUGAGCGAACACCUACAUUGGAUGAAUACUUUGAUGAAAAUUUAUUCAUAAAUACAGUAAAACCAGAUGAAUUUAAUGUGCUUAAUCAUGGCGAUUGUUGGUCCAAUAAUAUUAUGUUUGUCCAUGAUGAAGAUGUGAAAGAAUCUUUAUUUGUUGAUUUUCAAAUAUGUAAAUGGGGUUCACCGGUUCAAGAUCUGUGGUAUAUGAUUUCCACCUCUGUCAGUUUGGAUAUAAAAAUUAAAGAAUUUGAUCAUUUCAUACAAAUAUAUCAUACACAUUUGGUAAAAUGUCUUAAAAAGCUUAAGUAUUCAAAAAAAAUUCCUUCACUAAAAGAACUUCAUAUUAAUAUGUUGAAAUACGGUUAUUGGGCUGUAUUUACUGCUAAUACCAUAACCCCAGCUAUUUUAUUUCCUUCCGAUAAAGACGCUAAUAUGGAUAAUUUUAUGAAACCUGGUCCUGAGGGCGAUGCAUUCCGUUUUAAGUGUUUCACUAAUCCCAUUUAUGUAAAAGCUAUGCUGCAAUUUUAUCCAUUUUUAGAUAAUAAGGGUAUUUUUGAUAUAACGUCGAAAAAGUAUUAAAAUAUUUAAUUUUUUUUUUCAUAAUUUAUUAGCAAAUGUACAAAUUAUAAAUCUAUACAUAUAUAUUAAAUUAUUUAAACAUAACUUGUAUAUAAUAUCUUUUACGGGAAUAUGUAAAAUAUAUUUAUUUAAACUUUUAAAAGUGUAUAAAUAAAGAAUUCAAAAAUCGGAUUGAUAAA